UUCAUUAUUAAUUUCUACUAAUAAGGAUUCCACAUUUUUUAAAUUCCAAAAAUUUUAUCAACAUAUUCCAACAAAAAUAUUUAAUUUAACUUAUUCCAUAAGCAUUUGUAUUAGUUUCAUUUAAAGUCCUAUUCUACUAAUUGACCACUUCGCCCCCAAUUUAUCAUCGUAAAUUAAGUAUCUUCCCACUCCACCUGACACACAUCCACAUAUAUAUAUAUAUAUAUAUAUAUAUGUAUAUAUGCACACAAAUGUGAAAACAAAUAGAUUGAUCGAGUGUGUAAAUUUGUGAGCUCGUUUUUUAAAAUAAAACGGCAUAUUGCAAGUGAUUGUUUUUUAAAAAAUAUCCUUUCCUACAUUAAUUAAAACAGUUUUUUUACCGGAAUUUGUAUAUGAAUUGUUGAAAUAUACUUAUCUUGAGUUUAUACAUUUUUUCGCAUGCGCACUGUGGUAAUGAUAACUUUACGAUUUUUAAUCACCAAACGAUAAUAACAAUGACUACGCGUUGCGCAGAAAUGCAUAAAUCUAAAGCAAUAAAAGUUUUAGUGUAACGAGAUGAACCUUGAAAUCAUUUGCAUAAUAAAAAAAAAUUUAAUAUCAUAGGUUUUGCAUAAAUUUAGCUUUAUGUAACUUGAUAGAUGAAAAAAUUACUAAAAUUAAUUUUUCUGUCAUGGAUAUAUAGUUGCAUGUUUUGCAAAAAUUUAUACACACGUCUUUGAAAUUAUUCAAUUAAAGAAUCGUUGAUAUACAUUUAUUAUUAGGUAAAAAAUAUUUAUAUCGUCAUGCAUCAAAUUAAUAUAGAUUAAAUAAAUGCCGACAAAGCUGCCAAGUUUUUUUUUUUUAAGUUUUAAAUAUUUUCAAAAUUUAUCCGUGAGAGAUAUAAAUAAUAUCUUCCUUGACUGUAAUUGUGACCGCAUAGCAUGCUAACUUUCAAACUCAAGUGUCAUUCAAGUGAAUAGUAGUAGAUGUGUAAUACGUUCACGACUCACUGUGGUUUCGAAAAAUUUAUAAGGCUAACAAUUUUUUUUUAACUAAUCAGAAUUUAUCUUAUCAACAAAGUGAAACAUUACCUAGGAUUGAAUAUUCUAAAAACUCCUUGAAAGUCAUUGCAUUAAUAGUAAAAUAAAUUUCAUAAAGUUUAUUGUAGAAUUAUUGCUAUAAAGAAAUGGGUUGGUCUCGUCCGCCGGGUGAUCCAAGGGUUUGGUGUACAGUAGAAUCUAUUAAUGCAGAUGGAAAGAAACUUAAAUUUAUUAUUCAAGAAAUACCUUUAGACCGAUACGAAGAAGCUUUAGAUCAUCUUUGCACUGUUUUUAUUACAAGCGAAGCUAUAUGCUCAAGUAUAAAUUUGGCUAAUGACCGAGACUCAGUCGCUGAACUUCGUGCUUUUUGGAAAACGGCUCUUGAUCAAGGAAUUACAAUUGGUGCAUUCGAAGCAGAUGAAAACAAUAAAAUAUCUACAUUAGCUGGAUUAAAUGUGCUUAUGGUUGAGGAUAAAGAUUCUGACAAAACAAUUGUACCGAUUAUGGAAACGAUGUCGAGAAGUGAAAAGAUUCUCAAUUUCAUGCACAAUCUUUCUGUAGAAGUUGAUUUCUGUAAAAAAUGGAGUGUGGAUUACUAUUUAACUGCUGCUGGAUUAGAUGUAGAUCCGCAUUACCGUCGACUAGGAUUAGGCACUCAUCUUUUACUAGCGAGGGAUAAAAUUGGCUGUGCAUACAACAUUCCAGUUACUUCGACAUUUUUCACUUCACCAAUCGCACAAAAAUCAGCUAAAAAUGCCGGAUUCAAAGUAUUCUUAGAUCGCAGAUGGAAUGACAUUACUGAUGAACAAGGAAAUAUAAUAUUUCCCGGACUUGGAGACACUUGUUGUAAAGUAAUGGAGAAAAAGCUUUUAUAAAAUAAUAAAAAAUUAUGGAUAUUAUGAGGAUGUGCGAAUUAGUUUUCAGAAGGAGCGGGAAAGUAUGAUGGCUGUUGUAAAAUUUGUAUUUAUGUAUUACCAUAGUCGUGUUUAAUCGCUUAGAUCACUUACUUUAUAUUUUUUACUCUCGAAAUUUUGAAAUAUUUCUAAGCCCCACAAUAUGAAAAUUUUCUAAGUUCUAUUUUCAGUUGCAUCAUAUUUCUCUCAGUCCCAUAAUUUUAUUUAAGAAAAAAAAUUAAUACUAUGGCCGAAAACAAGCCGUUUCAAUUAUCAGUCACAUAUCGACCAUUUUAAUAAGAAUAAAAAUUUUUCGGCGUGAUGUCGGACAAAUUUAGCCUUUUCGGCCAUUUUUUUGCCAAAUAUCUUUACCCUUGUGGUUUCCGAUGGGAAAAAUUCAGAGGAAAAGCAUUGAUUGGAAUGUCAAAAAACUUCUUGAACCAUGUCUUUUCACUAACAGCUAAAAUUAAAAUAAUAAAAUAAUACUAGAUGAUGAUUAUGAAGAAAUCCUGUGCUGUAAAUACAUUUUCGAGCUCUUCGAGCUCGAAAAAACUUUUGCAUGCCAUUUUUUUCGAAAAAAAAAACGUUACUUACAAUUUUUUCACCAAAGAUAUCUCUUGAAUGAAUGAACCGAUUUCGAUGGUUGAGGUGGCAUUCGACGCGGCUUAUAAAGUUUUGAAGCUGAUUAGAUUUUGGAAUCAAUCUAUCGAGCAAAUGAGAAAAUCCAAAAAAACAAUUUCGAAAAAAUUUUAUUUUUGAAAUAUCUCCGAACGCACCCGACCGAUCAAGCUCACUUUUUCAUAGUUUGUAAAAAUUAAUAAGCCACGUCGAAUGCUACCAUGGAGAUUAAAAGCAGUCAAUCCGUUCAAAAGUUAUAGAAUAUUUAUACCAACCUUUACACCAGCCUUGGUAAAAGCCUGGAAUGACACAGGGCCAGUCCUGGUUGCUAGACCUAGCUCAUGCUUGGUUAUUGGACCUGGCCCAUAUAUCAACGAAACAAAUAAAUUUAAUUAAAAAAAAAAAUUAUUAUUAUUAACCUAGUAGAGUUCACGAUCAUUAACGUCAUAACUAUCUCAAAGAGGUGAAAAAUGUGUAAAAACACUCGGUGAAAGUAAUGCUGGGCUUGGGCGUGAGCUGCCAAACUUGUGAUUGCUGGGUUUGAACGUAAGCUACUGGACGAAUCCACUAAUGUUGAACUGAUACACAGGAAAAUAAAAUUUUUGGUCAUAAAAAAAAUCAGGAUUACGCAGCGAAUUGUUAUGGCAAUAAAAUAGUAUUGGUUAACGCAAAAAAAUGACAUUUGUUGUGGUAAGUAAUGUGAUUUUUCUGUUAAACAAAUAGAAUGAGUUGCGUGAAAAAAUUUUUUAGAUAUGCAUAAAAUGAUGGGAUUUAAUCAAUAGAACGAUAUCGUCAAUUAAUAAUUAUUGAAUAAUUACAUUUAUAUGAAUAUUCAAAGAGCUACAGUUUGGAAAUCUAGUUAACCGUUACGAAGAGAGAACUAUAAAAAUACACUGCAUAUGUAAAUAUUAUAAAAGAGCAAGCUUAUAAUUCUCGACAAUUCAAACGUAGUAUUGAGGAUCACCGCUUAUAUAGUAAUAAUUACAAUGAAAGCUAUUAUAAAUAUUUAUAAAAACUUAAUUUUCAUUUAACAAUGAUUAAUAGUAAACUUAAAAAUAAAUUGUCUCCGUAUAGAACAAACGAUUCAUGAUGAUUAAAAAUGGUUUUAAUCGCUUGAAAUACAGAUGAAUCGUCAAUUGAUGAUUGAAGAGUAUUAAAAACAAUUGAAAUUAAUAUUAUUUUACGAUUAAAGACGAUUCAUGACGAUUACAAAUUUCUAAUCGUCAUAAAUCAUUUUUGAUCGUAAAAUAAUAAAUAAUCUCUUGACGAUUAGAGAUGAUUGAGUGUGAAAAACUAUCAGGAUUAUGAGUAUUAAAAAUGAUUAAAUUUAUAAUCAUUUUUAAUCAUCUCAAAUCGUAUUUUCUAAUCAGGGAUACAAAUCAAAAACAUUUUGAAUUCAUAAAUCGUAUAAAUCUAAAGCCAAAUAUCUAAACUAUGUUGGUUAAAAUAUACUGAAUUAACAUGAGGCAACCGUUACCUGGUGUUAAACAUGCCAUUUCUAGCCUGGCUGAUAUCAUUUUCAUGUUUAGAUUAUUUUUUAUUAUAUUUCAUUUAUUAUCAUCGAUUUAAUUUUUCUUUUUUAUACAUUUAAUUUUUUCUUUUAUAUCAUGCAAAUAUUGUAAAAAGGACUAACAUAUUUUAAUGAUAACAAAUACUAUUUUUUAUUAUUAUAAAUACGAUAUGAAUAAAAAAUUUACCACCUCUA